CAUCCAACAGAACUUGAUGCUACUUGGCUAAAUGCUUUCGAAUCAACUCUUCUACUACACACGUAGUUUUGUUGCGUUUAUAACAAUUGUCGCCAGAAGUAAAGCAAGUCGCCAUCUUCCGUAUUCGGUCUCCGCUGCGUUCUCGGAGAAGUUAGUUGGCUAAAGCGUUCGAAUAGAAAUGUCAACAAUCCAGAGUUUGAGACAGUUUAUCAACGAGAGGUUACACACUGCUGCUGAAGACAUAUUUGGAUGUUUUGAAGCGACUUUCGCAAAGUACGAGGAUGAGAUCGCUCGUCAGCGCAGACUGCCGGAUGUAACUUUGAAACCUGUAGUGGAGCUGCAGAGAAUAGAGCUCCCACAGCGACAUGUCUGUAUCAAGGAAGAGUUUCCUGCUGACCUGCUGGAGAGGAACCCCAGUCCAGACCAAGAGGAGCCAGAACUUCCACAGAUUAAGGAGCAGCAGGAGGAGCUCUGCAUCGAGCUCCCAGAGCAACAUUUUCUUAAUGAGGAAGAGUUUCCAUCUGACCAGCAGCUCUGGAACCUUGAGAGGAACCCCAGUCUGGACCAAGAGGAGCCAGAACCUCCACAGAUCAAAGAGGAGGAGGAGCACUGCAUCGGUCUGGAAGUAGAGCAGCUUGUACUGAAGCAGGAGGAUCAAGAUAACAUUUUGUUGAAUCCUUCUCUCAAGGAAAGUGACCACAGUGAACCAGAGACAAGUGACCACCAGCUCCUCUCCCACAGCUCAGCUCAGAGCCAAGAUCUCAAAGGAGGCCAGCAUGGAAACUCAAAAUCAGUAAGAAAUGCAGAGCAGGCAUCUGAUAAGGGACAUCAUGUCAUCACAAGAACAAGUCCCAGUAACCUUGCAUGUAGCACUACCAUGUCAAAGAUUGUGCCGAAUAUCUGCAAGAGUAAAAAGGUUUUCCAGUGUGACACUUGUGGAAAAGUCUUUAAGUGGAAGUCCAGACUCAGUGGACAUCUGAAGGUGCACACAGGGGAGAAACAGCAUUCUUGCGAAAGGUGUGAAAAAAGUUUCACAAGUAGCACAAAUUUGAAGAGACACGAGAGAACACACACGGGCGAGAGACCUUUUACUUGCAAAACUUGUGGGAGAAGUUUUUCAACUAGAAUGCAUCUGCAGAACCACGAGAGAACACACGCGGGUGAGAAACCUUUUUCUUGCAAAACUUGUGGGAGAAGUUUUGCAACUACAAAUGUCCUAAAGAGACACGAGAGAACGCACAUGAGCGAGAAACCUUUUUCUUGCAAAACUUGUGGGAGAAGUUUUACAACUAGAAGUAACCUGCAGGUCCACGAGAGAGCGCACACGGGCGAGAAACCUUUUUCUUGCAAAACUUGUGGGAGAAGUUUUAGCGAGAAUAAUACCCUGAAGAUACACGAGAGAACGCACACGGGCGAGAAACCUUUUACUUGCAAGACUUGUGAGAGAAGUUUUACAACUAGAAGGAACAUGCAGGUCCACGAGAGAGCGCACACUAGCAAGAAAGAUUUUCCUUGCAAGACUUGUGGGAGAAAAUUUAGCCAGAGAAAUUCCCUGAAGAGACACGAGAAAACUCACCCUGGCGAGCUUUAUUUAAAAUCUCAUGAAUUCCCAUCACACUAGCUAGCAGUUAACUUGUUUUCACGUGUUUCUAAACCAAAAAAAAAGUCUCAGCAACUUUGUUCUGCUUCAACAAAAAGAGAUAAACAUGAUACUUAGGGAGAAAUGGUUUCCAAUGUAGAGAGGAGAAACAGUGGCAUAUUUAAUUAAUUCUGGGUGGAAUAACCAGAAGGGGGCAGUAUAAUACACAGGUGUCUGCUGAACAUGGACAACCUUCCUUGUUGAUCAAGCUCCUCGUCAGAGAUGGUUCAAGUUUGUCGUGGACCUACAUUCUACAGUGGAGCAACAAAGAUUUCAAUUCAUAGGGAAAUGGAGAAAGUGUUGUUUCAAAUCUUCUCACAGAAGAAAUAAGGGAAUAAUGUCACAGUGAAAAUAAGAUUAAAAACAGACGGAAACAUACGUUUCAUAGAAAUACAAUUUCUUUAUCCGAUAAAAAAUGUGUUACAUUGAGUCACUUGAUUUCUCUGAUUUGUGGAAAUAUGUUUGUAUAGAAUUGAAACUGUUGAGGCAGCAUUGUGGGUUUUUUUUAUUGUCAUGAUCA